UCAUAGGGGAUUUACAGUUCAGUAGUGAUGGUGAUACCUAAAGGGCAGCUUCUUGCUGCCUCCCUCUUGGGUUGUCUGGCUUUUGCCAGCGCCACGAGGGUCACGUGCGACAAUGUCGCGCCUGCAACAAAAUCUGUGUAUGAUUAUAGCGCUGUGAACAUAUAUGAGAAUGAGACAAUAUCAUUAUCUCGGUAUAAAGGCAGCAUACUUGCUAUUAUCAACCUAGCGACGUACUGAGGUCUGAAUCGCCCACAUUACGUGGGUAUGAACGCACUUACUACGGAAUUCUUGAGCAUGCCUUUUCACGUGCUCGGAUUCCCAUGCAAUAACUUCAACUUGCAAGAACCUGGUGGUAACUACACUGAGAUCCUUAAUGGUAUCAAGUAUGUGAGACCAGGAGGGGGAUUUGUUCCCAACUUUCAAAUGUUUAAGAAAAUAGAUGUCAAUGGAAAAAACGAACUUCCAUUGUAUACAUAUCUUAAGUCGAUGUGUGGCCCGACCAGUGACACAUUUGAAGACUCUUCAAUGCUCUACUACGAGCCAAAGCGCGUGAGUGACGUGCGCUGGAACUUCGAAGUGUUUCUGAUCAACAAGAAUGGCAUGCCUCUGUAUAGAUACAGUCCUGAUGCUCCCAUCGAUGACAUAGAAUUCGACAUCAAACAACUUCUUCAACAGAAUGAAUCCAAUGAAUCCAAUCCAGCAAUUGAAAAACCAAUUGUAGAAAGUAAUGAAAUUCCAGUUGAUACGGAACAAGAAACCGUGAAUGAUUCAGAAGAAACAGAAGAAAACACAAACGAGGUGGAGUACUACCUACCUGAAGACGUUUCCGUUGAAGGAGAAUCUUAUUAAAGGACUGCUUUUCAUGACUUACUCAAACUAUGUACAUUUAAACUCUUAUUAAUACAAUGUUUUAACAUGUAUUGUAUAAAUUGUAGAUAAUCAAAAUCAACAACCCCCAUGAAGCAUAUUCCUUUAUUGACGAUUUACAUUAACCAGUUUAUGAAGAAUUUGUUAUAAACAACAAUGUUGUGAACAAAUUCUGAUUUCACUGAAACUAUAACAACUUGUGCGUUCGUUGCUAUAGAUAUAGGUGAAUCUGGUUAUAUGUAAAUACAAAGAAUGAAAGAAUAUGUUUUAAACUGGUAUGUUGUUUUGAACAAUUAUUUUUUUAAGAAAUAAAAUAAAGUAAAAUGA